CGUGCACAAUUUUUCGUUCUUCGGCCAUGUGAGACCGAACUUUCUGCUUUUCACGUGUAUAACUGCGGUGUCCGGAUAGAUGUGUUUCCAGUUGAGGUAGCGCAGCAUUCCCGGUUUGGAUUUUUAAUUUUCAUCUGCAUCUUUUUGUGGAAUUGUUGUUCCCGUUGACAUUGUCGGUUCCCGUUGUCCUUGGUUCAUUUUGUCAGACAGGUGUCUAUCCCCGAAAAUGUCUAAUGGAAGAGCUCGAUUUGGUCCACUGGCACCUAGCAUGGACAAUGAUCUGCAGCAAAAUGGAGACCAGUUUCCUAACGGGUUUUUUGGCUCACUGAAUCCUCUUCCAUCAAAAUUGGCGCGUGCCACAACCUUCACAUCCGUGGAUAAAAAGCAACGACCACCAAAUGUGCGCUUUCGUGGCAAUGCUACCGUGGAGGAUUCGGAAAACAUUUCCCCACUGUCACAUGCAGAUUGCUAUGGCAAUGGUCAGUCUGAGGAUGUUCCCUUCGUUCUUAUGGCACCACCACCGGUUGGGCAUUUUCGCUUCGGGAGGCAGAGAAACAAGGAGGAAUAUGGUCAGCAGAAUGGAAACUCUCAGGUCCACGGCGCCACGGUUCUGGAAGGAUCUCAGACUUCAUAUGCUCUGAAGAAUGGCAGUGACGCUACGAUUCAUUCAGCUCUCGGCCAAAAAGAUUUCGCUCCAUCAGUUGCAACCCACAAUUCAACCUUGCAAGCUCGUUUGAGUGACCUGCUGCCACCACCAUUACCUAAUGCCGACCCAGCAGUCGAACCAUUUUCUCCGGCGUAUUACAGCAAAGGGAAGAGAGCGUGGAUCAUUGAAAUUCGUGCACUGAAAAACAAGAUCGAAAAGAUAAAAAUACCCCUUUCCCAGCAGGAGUUCGAGGCAAAACUAACUUGGGUGGAAAAAGUGAAUUCCAUGUGGUUCUGGCUCGCUCAACCUGGUCGUCUGGAUGAAUUGACGUGUGUAAUGAAGGAGUUCAGCCACCUCGUUCAAGAUUACAAAACCAGUGAACCAUUAAAACCGCUACGUGAGGCGAAGGACAGAACCGUGGUGCUGGCUCCAUACGGUGAUUGCUAUUACCGGGCUGUGGUCGUGGGCAAAUAUCCAGACAAUGACGCAAUGGUUUUUUUCCCUGAUUACGGCAAUCGACAGAAACUGUCGUGCGGUGUGCUUUUAGCGGUACCAGAUGAAAUGGCUGAGGCGCUUGCUUUUCCCAUGGUUGCGACUCGAUGCAAGCCAGUGGACAUCGACUUUGGGUAUCAGUUUAAAACGUCCAAAAGUCAGGAAGACGUUAGUAAUACACUGGCGGAAGUUAUGGAGAAGUCUCGUUUCUCUGGAGCCGUGCUGAAUGUUUCGACUCACUUGUGCGAAGUGAACGUGUCGAUGGUGCCCUUGUAUUGUGAUUUGAGCAAAUUCCUGCUGGCCCAUGGAACUAAUUUAGCGAAAAAACACCUUCCUCAUCGCACAGGCCUUGAAAACAAUGGCAUGUUGGUUCGGAUUGCAGUCGUAUCGUCGGCUUCUGAGAUAUUCUGCUUGGUAGACUCGUCCAAUACUACGAAAUUUCAUUUAUCAGGCGUCGAGAAGGAUCUUUACGACUACAUGAGUCGCUGUCCUGCAGAAGUUACAGUGCCGCAGGUUGGUGAUCUGGUUUGCGUCGCCUUGAAUGGUGGAAAUCGUGCGGGCCGGGGACGUGUGGUAGAGUAUUCGGGUUCGGACGGGAUGGUUAGUCUGGUACUGCUGGAUUAUGGCUCUACGCGAGUGUUCAAAGUAUCACAUGAUCGUGUGCGUUCCUUACGACGUAAAGAUCUGGAUAUGCCGCCAUGGGCUCUGCGGUGCAUUAUUGAUGGGAUUGCAAGUGAAUCUCGUUCAGCGGAGCAUACCAAACGCAUUGAUGCAUUAGCCUCUGAGAUACUGAAGGUCAAGCAUGAUUACUGGAUGCACUUUUUGGACUACAGUGUAGGCGAAGGUAAAGGAGAUGAAUAUGCCAGAGUAUCGAUCACGAUUAUGGAGAACGGGAAGGAACGAGACUAUCGGGAUGUUCUGCUUGAACGCAUGGACAUUAAACAACAAAAGUAACUAUGAGAACGUUAAGUUCACGGAUGCCGGUGUUUUCAAGUAAUUUUCUGGAGGAUGUUUUUAGCUUCUCACUUUUUUUAGCGCUGCAUUGGAAUGAUUUUUAACGGGCAGCCAUGGGUUUAUUUAAUAUUUGAUCGCGCUUUUUAUGCGCUUGUCGUACCGUUUUUAUCGUUUAAAUAAGUACGUUUUCGGGUCUCUUCUCAGUGCCCAUGUGUAGAAUGCAUGUUCUGGAUUUGUGAGAGUAAUGAAUAAAGCACAGAAGAUACAACUGAGG